UACUAAUAGCUGGUGUUUAUGAAUGAAAAUUAGCUAUUAGAUAUUUGUGUAAUAAAAUGAGUUGCAUAUGUUGAAACAUCCAAGGGCAGCCGGCUAUUAUAAAUUAUGAGCUAUUGAGCAGACCAAAGAAAAUUUAAUGUGACUUUCAAAAAAAAAAAGUUUUUAAGUGAUGUGAAAAUUUUCAAAAGGUAGAGAGGGUGGACAUAUCGUGUAAAUUGAAUGUUACAAUAGUAUUGACUCUUUAUUUCUGGCAUGUACUUACACAUCAUUUAUAAACGCAACUCCUGUAAUACAACACCAUAAUGCUGGUCGCAACACCAGGGCAAACAACGACGUAUUCUCUUCUCGGCAGUAGCGCGCCCAAGAAGACAUGUCUUCUUAACUCAUCUGCAACACCAAAGAGCAGCAUCAACAACUCAACUGCAUCGACUACUAACAGCAACAAUAGCAGUAACACAGCCGCCACGCUAAUGAAAACAAUCCAAGUACGACUCAAUCGUGGCACUGAAUUUUUAAAAGAUACUGUGCAGAAAGCGCUUAUCAGUAAUACCACCAAUCCUAUUAACACAACCACCAAUACAUCAAGCAUUAGCUUUCGCAACAACAACAACAAAAUUAAUAUAAAUUCUUCUGUUGUUGGCACUAUAAAACCUAUUCAUGCAUCAUCAGCUCUCGCAUCAGUUCCAGCAAAAACUACUUUAGUUGGUAAGUCUACUUAUACUACAGAUUUGUCUGCAGCUCCCUCAACAUCAAGUGGUGCAAUUGCGAGGACGUCAAUUACAGCAAACACUUCCAAACCACUAAAGCUGAAUACCGUCCCGCCUACCAAAAUACAUCGCUACCCACAAGAGCGCCAAGAGACCAGCAGCACGGACAGUAUCAAUAAAGAGAUGUGCCAUUUCAAGCCAAUUUUGCCAGCACCAACUAUACGUUGGAAAUGUGGUAGCAAGUCACGAGGCGGUGCAACUAUAAAAAUUCCCGUAGCAUGUUUAGCAACGAAUAUUAAAAACUUGAACUGUGAUGAUUGUUCGAAGUUGGUUGUUGAAGAUAGCAGUGAAGGUGAACAAGAUGUAAAUGAAGAUGAAGCAAUGGGGCUGGAGGAUACAAAACAUCCGCACAAAUAUCUUUUCAAGCCAAAUCCAAGUUCUACCUUAUUGAGUACGAUCAUAACUGCACCAUCGCAUCAAUCUGCAUUCGUUCGUCUGGUCGCACAAAUGAAGACUCUGGUCAAUAUACAUCAAACACCGUGUGAAAAACCACACAAAUCUGCUAAAAAGAAGGAUCAGUAUAAGUCACGGCACACGGCACGUCGUGGCCGUACAAAUGCGGCGCUAGCUUUGAAAAUGCAACAGUUACGUAAAUCGCCAAUCAGUUUGCCAUUGACGCAGCUUUUAUUACGCAGUCGCAAACCGUCAUUUGUGCAAGUAAAUAAACUAAAUUUACCCACUGAGCUGAUUAUGAAGAAAAGUCGAACAGCCACCGCAAAAGCUAAUCCCAUAGCUACCAGCAAAUCAACCAAUGCAGUUAAAGACAAAAAAAGAACGGCCGCUCUUUCCGUACAAGUUGAUACCAAGAAAGGCAAGCGUAAUACCUCCAAAUCAAAUAUAAUCAACAUUGUAGCGUUUGCGCAUGACAAAAACGCUACACAAAAUGUCAAAAGGACUCUUCAAACAAGCAAAAGUAAAGUCACUACUAAUGUUGGUGAAAGCCCUGCUACAGAGACAAAAUACCAACAACGUAAACGGAAACAUGUUGAUGAACUAUGUGCGGCAAAUGAAGUUGUUGGAUCGGAAUUACAUGAGUUUAGAAAGACUAGUUCGACCGAGGCAAGCAAUAUACCACCAUUGCGCAAAAGUGCUAGGCUUUCAAAAGAUGGCAACAACGAGCUUUUGACAAUAGGCACUGUUAAACGUAUUACGCUUAGGAAACGUAAUACACGUUAUACGCAGCAACGUUCAGUCGAUACCUUUUCGCCGCCAAUGACACGUUCACGUCGGAAAGAGCUGAUGCAAAAGCAAUGUAGCCCCUUUGUAAUGGACGACAACUCACAGCUCAUUGUCUAAGUCAUAUAAAACGGCAGCAUAUUUAAAAACUAACAAGAAUAUGGAAUAUUUUUUGUGGCUAUUAUGCACUGCAUAUGUUAGUAGUAGUAUACUGUGUUAAGGACUGGAAAUAUGAGUGCAACCUAAACAACGCAUUAAUGAAACAAGAUCGCAAAGGUAUGCCAGUAAUUAAGAGCAAUUGCUUUUUCAUGCGCCUAAAUUGUAUUGUAUUGAAAUGAUUAAUUUCUUUUUCUCCUUUUUAAACGUGACAAAAUGUUUUUUACUAAAGCUUUGCACAGUUAGCUCACUGAUCCCUACUGGCUCAUUGUGAUAGUGGAUGAACACUAUAAUCUACUACCAUUUGUAAGAAUUUAUGCACUACUAUUUUUAUUUUAUCUGUAAUAAAUCAUAAAUGAAUCACUUAA